AUGAGGGACAAUUUAAUCUUUCAUGGAAUUGUCGAAACAGAUAACGAAAAUUGUGAAGACAAGUUAAAAGAGUUCAUUGCAGAAAAGUUAGAAAUAAGGCACACCGUAGAAUUCCAUCGAGUUCAUAGAAUGGGGCGCAGGGUGCACGGAAAAACGAGACCCAUCAUUGCGAAGUUUGUUCAAUUUAAGGAACGGGAACUAGUGCGGAAAGCAGCCUUUACUAAGUUAAAAGGAGAACAAAAUAGAAAUUAUGGAAUUAACGAACAGUUUCCGCGUGAAAUUAAUGAGAAGAGAAAACUACUCUAUCCUUACUAUAAAUCAGCAAAAAGACAACAGAAGCGGGCCCAACUCAUAUAUGACAAACUUUACAUCGAUGGCGAAUUAUUCACACCACCACCCCAAGAUGACACAAACAACCCACAACUAGAUCCUCCGACACGUUCUGGGCCCACCGAAUCGAGACGGCUAUCAGCAGCGGCACCGACGUUCACACCAAGACCCAGGGGCGGAGGUCGAGGAGGCAGAGGACAGAGGAGAUAG